GCCAAAGAGUUUGGCGAAACCUGCGCACUUGAUUUUGAGCAUCCGCAGUGAAGCUUCGUUUGAAUGAACUUGAUAUUCGUUUCGUCGUGUACUUGGGACUGUAAUUUCAUUGGAUAUACCGUUAAACUUGGCAAAAUUUGCUUCGUCAGUUUGCGACUUUCCAUUUGACGUUCCUCAGCGGCCGCCAUAUUUGCUAUCUGGAGCGAUCCGGCCGUUUUCGGCGUUGUAUGUUCAUCCAUCUGCAUCGGCAAAACUACAUCAGUUUUCCUGCUGAGUCUGCUUGAACCUUUAUGUGGUAGAAGAACUUGGAUUGAAUUUGGUGUUGUGAGUUCUGUUGUCACUCUGUGACAAAUAACCUCUACAACCAUGACGGAAAUUGUUGCCAAUCACGUUCUGGGAGGCAUGAACAUGAAUAAUCAGAAAGUGGACCUUGAUGAUGGAAUUGGCUGGAAAUCCAAAUUGAAGAUCCCGCCAAAGGAUCAGAGAAUCAAAACUAGUGAUGUCACAGAUACUCGUGGAAAUGAGUUUGAAGAGUUCUGCUUAAAGCGGGAACUUCUAAUGGGCAUAUUUGAGAAGGGCUGGGAAAAACCGUCGCCAAUUCAGGAAGCUAGCAUUCCUAUUGCUCUGUCAGGCAAAGAUGUGUUAGCUCGUGCCAAGAACGGUACAGGAAAGACUGGAGCUUACUCCAUUCCGGUUCUUGAGCAGGUUGACCCCAAGAAAGAUUGCAUACAAGCCCUGGUCAUUGUGCCGACACGAGAAUUGGCACUCCAAACUAGUCAAAUUUGCAUUGAGCUUGCUAAGCAUAUGGAUGUCAAAGUCAUGGUUACUACAGGUGGAACAAAUUUACGUGAUGAUAUCAUGAGAAUCUACCAAAAAGUUCAUGUCAUUAUUGCCACACCUGGAAGAAUUUUGGACCUCAUGGACAAGAAAGUAGCAAACAUGGAUAGUUGCAGAAUUCUAGUCCUAGAUGAGGCAGACAAACUGCUGUCACAAGACUUCAAAGGAAUGUUGGAUCAUGUGAUCUCACGGUUACCCCAAGAGCGACAGAUCUUGCUGUACUCUGCUACUUUCCCACUUACAGUCAAGCAAUUCAUGGAAAAACAUUUAAAAGAGCCUUAUGAAAUUAACUUGAUGGAGGAGCUUACACUGAAAGGUGUUACACAGUACUAUGCAUUUGUUCAGGAGCGGCAGAAGGUUCAUUGCUUGAAUACCUUGUUUUCCAAGCUCCAAAUCAAUCAAAGCAUUAUCUUCUGCAAUUCAACCCAACGAGUGGAGCUCCUAGCUAAGAAAAUAACUGAACUGGGAUACUGCUGCUAUUAUAUUCAUGCCAAGAUGGCCCAGGCCCACCGAAACAGAGUAUUCCACGACUUCAGGAAUGGGCUGUGCAGGAACCUUGUGUGCUCAGAUCUCUUCACAAGAGGUAUCGAUGUUCAAGCUGUGAAUGUUGUGAUCAACUUCGAUUUCCCCAAGAUGGCAGAAACUUACCUUCACCGUAUUGGUCGUUCAGGACGGUUCGGCCACCUUGGUAUUGCCAUAAAUCUCAUCACUUUUGAUGACAGAUUCGCUCUUCACCGCAUUGAGCAAGAACUGGGCACAGAGAUUAAGCCUAUUCCUAAGGUCAUCGACCCAGCCUUGUAUGUGGCUAAGACUCUUGAUGAUUGUCAUGCCAUUGAAGAAGCUGACUCGAGCAAAUAAAGUGUUGCAGCUUAUUGCUCAUACUCUUUCCUGCAAGUGUUCUUUCACCAAUGAACUUUUAUUUAAAUUUGUAGGACAGUUAAGGAACUUGUUUAUUUUCUUUCCAAACAUUGUAAAUACUGUCUAAAGAAUUCAUUUUUAAAGAAAUCAUCUUGUUACUGUGUGAGCCAUUGUUAUUGUAGCAGUGCUAAUAUCUCAGUUUACUAAGUUUUGUUCGGUUUGAGAGCAGUGUUGCAAGGUAUCAUAACACUCCAGUUCUCCUAUGGGUGAAAGAAAAUGUUUCCUUUGUUAGAUUUUUAUACAAUUUAUAUAGUGAACAAUGCCAUGAAAAGUUGGCUUUAUUUGAUAGUCUGGAAUUGAUGGAUUUGCACAGCUAUAUGAAAGUGACAUUUUACAUUAGCAACUACCUGUGAUAAUGUUUAACAAUGUUAACUUAUUUGGCUCUAAUGUGGUUUUUUUUGACUGAAAAAUGAUUGAAAUUUCGGUGUUCCUUCAUCCAGCUGUGCAUGAAACUAGUAUUGUCAAUUUAUUUUUAUAACCUGGAUGAGGGAUUCAGAGCAGUUAAGUGGAUUUUUGCUGGUUUGCAUGAUUUUGGGUUGAUGGAAGUUGUGGAAAAUGUAUACUGAUGGAUGUUCACGUGUACCAUCUUGGAUCCCCUCAUGCAUCAGUGUACUAGACCUUUGUAUUAUAUCAUCCACCUUCCCCUUAAAUGUGCUGGUGCUUUAAUCAAUUGUUGCUCUCAAUCCCUCUGGUGUACUCUCUACUGUACUAGUGAGCAAUAUUGGUGCGGUUGUAUUUAUAUGAAAAGGACUUGCGUUCUUGUUGAUCUGUAAAUGUGUAAAUUUGUAAUUCUUCAUGCCACUAAUAGAAUUCAUUAUUUCAGUGGCUUUGAGGUGUGAUGACUUCCUUUUUUUUUUCUUGUCUUGUUCCCUUCGUUUUUUUCCCCCCUUGGAGAAAAUGACUCCUGUAAAUGAUUGUGAAAAUGAUGUGUGAUUGUGUGUGUGUGUGUGUGUGUGCGCGCGCGUGUGGUACUAUGUAUAUAAUCCAAAAUGUUGAACAAGAACUUCCCAAUAAUGUAAUGUGACUUGUGAUGUGUCACACUUAUGCUUUAUAAGUUAUUGUUAUCUGCCAAUGAGGAGUCUUUGGCAGUUUGAAAUUUUCAUCCUGUGAUUGUGGGGGGGAUCCAUCUAGUCAGAGGCAAGCCACAGCCGAUUAUGUCCAUUUAUGCCUUUGACUAUAUAGCUGUGGCUGAGAUACUGUCCAAACAUCUUGACCAUUUUCUGCACAGAUGUUAAAGCAAUAAAUUUUGGUAGUGCAGAUAUGUUAGUUGUCCAUUUUUCUCAUGAGGGAUGAGUGUUAGGUAGGGUUCAUGAUAUUGGCUAGUUGUGGUUAUGACCUCCCAUAAUUAGCCCACCUACUUAUAAAGUCUCAUUCCACCCCCUGCUGUAUGUUGUUAGUUCUUGGUAUCAGAGUUUAUUUCUUGCUUACAAAUGAUUUACUGUAGGCGGCUUGCAGCAAGGGUUGUAAUGAUGCUUUCAAAGAGGGUGUCUCUCAAGAGCCUUGUAAACUUUUGGCCAACUUUCUAAAGCAGCUCUUGCCCUCUUAUGGUCUUUGAGUCACUAUUAUUCAGUCAAAUCUUCAACAGAGACUUUGUUUUCAGUUUUGGCUUUGGUAGUGAAGAGCAUCUAUUAAAUUAACCUCAAAUUUUUCAUGCUCAAUGUUGGAGAUUUGUCAUGUUCAAAAUUUUGAAAUAUUUGUGAAGGGAGCAAAUGUUUAUUGUGAUAACUGAUGUACCUUAGUGACUCUGUAUUUGCCACUGUGGAAGUUCUGAUUUGGUACUGUACCUGGUCCUGUAUUUCUUUUUCUAAUGCUCAGAAAUGGUAUUUUAUUUGUUGUUUUUUUUUGUACUGAGUUUUACACAUCAUAAUGUUUUAUUUUCAAUCUGUCUUUUUCCAUAUCAUGUUCUAGUAAGGCAAAUGAUGAUUCUGGCAAAAUAAAAAAAGCUCUUCACUCAA